UGACCCAGUUCGCCGACGCUGCUGAAGAUGUUCGAGACCACGCUGACUUUACCGCGCACCAGCGUGCUAACCGAACCGCUGGGCAGCGUACCCUCCACAUCGACGGCUGCCGUACAGACCACCAAACGGCGUCGUCGUCGCCGUAACAAGCGUCGCCGCAAAUCGUCCAUGUCGAGCAGUGAGGCGCCCUCAUCUAGAACUUAUGAUCCAGUGAUGACGGCAACCAGCAUACGUGGCGGCAGUUCAGGUCCAGGUACAGCACGUCGUGGUCGACAUAGGGGAGUUAGUUCCGCAUCAGCGGCAGCGGCGGCAGCAGCAGCAGCGGCAGCAGCAGGAGCAUCGUCAUCGGCCAUGAGCGGUGGCAGCAGCCCGGCGUUAUAUGUGGAUCCGCACGAUUACUUCGAGACACUCGACUAGAUUAAGAUUAUCAGCAAUUUGCAAUCUGUAAUCUGUAGUAGGUUAAUUCUGUUGUUACUUCAAAUUUUUUACAUGCGCGCUCCCCAAUGCGUCUAUUUAAUGCCCUUCUUUUAAUGGUUUAACAAAUUAAUUAUGCUAACCUAAUACUACGGUAUUGAUGCGAAAUUGUUCAGCAAUUAUGUUUUUUGGCCUUUGAUUUAGCGAGAUUUUAAUAAUGUUUUAAAGCAUAUUUUUAUAUAAUUAGCCUUUCGGAUGUAAGCAUAAAGAAGUGUGUGUAAUAUUAUCUUAUGUAUAAUUAAACAAUUAUUAGAAGCCGUGCUGCGCCACGCCUCCAUCCCCACAUUUUUUAACUAUAUGGCAUACAAUAUUGUGUAUUGUUUUUGUUUCAAUUCGAUGCCAGAUGAUGGAAACGAGAGAUCACCAAAAUAGAUUUAAAUGCAAUACCAACGCAAAAUCUUUAGCAUAUUUAAAAAUGUUCGUUCAUUUAACUUUAAACUAGUGUUACAAGAAUUUUGCAACAAUUUAAUCGCUUGAAUCAAAUGCUAAUACUGAAAUAUAGCUAAUCAUCAUUUCAGUCCCAAAAUUGUGAACAAUUGAAAUAAAUGGAAAAACAUUCAAGUAGUUAUUAUGUGAACAAAUCAUGAUUCAAUGCCCAAUUAAUAUUGGAUGCAAAAUUAUACAUUUCGAUGGAUUUUUUCAUAACGAGCAAAUUUUAAGUGUAAUAUUUCGCUGUAGUAGCAUAUAAAAUUAAUCAAUAAGUAUAUACA